CUAAUAAAAUCUAAUUCAACAGUUUAUAUAAAAUGAUUUUCGUAGCAAUUCUAUGCAUAGUAUUGUUAGUGUCAAGCCCUGUGUUGGGACAGGGAGCUUUAAGUGGUUUAGCCCUUGGUCAACAAAAUUAUCCUAAUUACCAAAACGGGUAUAAUCCCGGUGCUUAUUAUCCUGGCAACCAACAAGAUGAUCAGUCAGCACAGGCUUGUUUGACGAGAGUAUAUAACGUCAUCAACACAUGUAUGGCUAAUAUUCGGUACCGUAUUACCAGUUAUCCCAAUAACAACACUAAUGAUAUGAAACAAACGUGUUGUCGCUAUUGGGCUGAAAUAGAUUGCAAACUACAGGCAGCUCGAAGCUGUAAUACAAAUGAGUAUCAGGCGGUUAACAAUUACCUUCAAAGACAAAUUCAAUCCUACAAUAGUUAUUUGUGUCGCAAUUAUCCCUAUUAUUCACGCCAAUGCUAAAUAACUAUCUAUUUGUUUGAUUUUAUUUCUACAUUUAUAAAAAAUUAUUGAUAUUAAUGGUCUUAUAAACUUUAUAAAAAUAUAUGUUAGCUAUUAUUUUUUAUAGAAAAUUUUUACUAAAUUUAA